GUUAUGAGGAAAAAAUUGCGAGUUCGUCACUGCUUUCCAUUACAACUGCUUAAAUCUGUUACGGACAAGAAAUAAGUGAUUUUUAAAGUAUUUCAUUGUUUUUACUUUGUGUUAAGACUUUGUUUAUACAGUUUACUGCAAUUAAAAUACGUGAAAGUGUGUUUUGUGGCUCAGACAGUAUGUGCGCUGUGUUGAUAACUAAUGACAUCUGUUAACAAAAGGAAAACAGUACUUAUCUCGACCACUUUCUUACUCAUAAUUCAGGAUGAGUUCGACGGAAACGAUCGAUGUAACGGCGCAGCCGAUUGCAGAAGUUGUUCAUGAAAUGUUCAAGCCGCUGCAGGAACCUGUAUUCCUACAGACUCGCACCGCUCAGGUUAUCGCAGGGAUAUUCGUGUGGACAGCACUCUUUAUUACUUGCCAACAGAUUUACCAGCAUCUUCGCUGGUACACAAAUCCAUCAGAACAGCGCUGGAUAGUCCGGAUAUUGUUCAUCGUACCUAUCUACGGCUGCUACAGUUGGAUCUCGCUGCUCUUCUUCAAUGGAAACUCAUAUUACGUCUACUUUUUCACCGUCAGGGAUUGCUAUGAAGCCUUCGUGAUCUACAGUUUCCUAUCACUUUGCUACGAGUAUCUCGGUGGCGAAGGGAACAUAAUGUCGGAGCUUCGAGGGCGGCCCGUGCGCGCCUCGUGUGUCAAUGGAACGUGCUGCCUCUCAGGCGCCACCUAUACUAUCGGAUUCCUCCGUUUCUGCAAACAGGCUACCUUACAGUUCUGUCUUGUCAAGCCACUUUGUGCGUUCAUCAUCAUAUUUUUACAGGCUGCAGGCAAAUAUCAUGACGGCGAUUGGAGCAUCAGCGGCGGGUACAUAUACAUAACGAUCGUGUACAACUUCUCUGUGAGUCUGGCGCUCUACGGGCUGUUCCUGUUCCUCGGUGCCACCAGGGAGAUGCUCAAACCCUUCGACCCAGUGCUCAAGUUUUUCACUGUCAAAUCCGUUAUCUUCCUCUCGUUUUGGCAAGGUGUAGCCCUUGCCAUUCUCGAGAAGGCGGAGGUGAUCUCGCCGAUAAUGGGCGAGAACGAGCAGCCGACGUCGGCCGGUACGGUGUCGGCGGGCUACCAGAACUUCCUGAUCUGUAUCGAGAUGCUGGCGGCCGCCAUCGCGCUGCGGUACGCGUUCCCGGCCGCGCCCUACGCGCUCGCUCGCCGCGACCCGCACCGCUCCGUCACCAUGCAGUCCAUCUCCAGCAGCCUCAAGGAGACGAUGAAUCCCAAGGAUAUAAUGACGGACGCGUUCCACAAUUUUCACCCGCAGUACCAACAGUACACUCAAUACAGCUCUGUGAUGCGAGGUGGUGCAGGGACAGGGAAGCCUGGCGAGGAGGGCGCAGCCCUAGCACCGCGCCCCGUGCCUCAACGUGUUGCGACCAUCAGCCACGCAACCAACUACCACGAGAAAACUACGUUACUCAGCUCCGACGACGAAUUUCAAUGAAUCCUUAGUAAGAGAUAACAGGCAUGAGGUAUUUGGAUUGUUGUGCCAGAAAUAGAUAUUUUAUUAUUAUUUUAUGUUAGCAAUUUGCACAAUGACACGAGCAUUUUUCGCUUUACAUCUAUGUGAAAAAAUAUUCCUGAAUGUUUUUAUUUAGUUUUUGUUAGUUAUUUAUGAAUUACCUCUUAGUAUAAUUAAUAUUCUGUAUUUGAAUAAUCUACCACAUUUAUAUUAUUACGCACCGAAUUAAGUGCGUAAUAAAUUAACACUGAAAAUAGUAACAAAUAAAAUUUAUGUAUAGUUAUUUUCAGAAGUUUUUAUGAAUAUUUACAAACAUCCAAAUUAAGGAAUACAAAAUGGCUGCCCAAUGUUGCAAACAAAAACGAAUAAAGCGAGAAAAAAUUUGAAUAUAUGUAAUUAACUAUUAAUAGUAUUCAAGUAGAUACUUAUUGAUGGAACUUUAUUAUAUAGAUUAUAAUAAUUUAAAUACUUACUUCAUUUCAUACUGUGGAACUAACUUCACGUAUGUUACGUUAAUAUUUUUAUAGCUGUAUCAUUAAGUGUUUUAUAAGAUUAUUUAUUUAAGUUAUAUAAAAACAUAAUAUAUUUUGAUCUAAGUCUUUCCUCUUUGUUCUAUUUAUAAAGUGUCAUACAAGUUGGUCCGAAGUUCCUUGAAACAAUAAUUUUUUAAAUUAGUUGCCACACUUCGCCAUAUAUAUAAUAGAAACUACUACUCAUAGCACGAAUAAUGUUGCCCUAGCCGAUAUAAUAUUAAUGCAGAGAAAUCAUGCAAGCUAAACACAGUUCGAAUGUAGAAAGAAAAAGUUGAAUUUAAAAUACCAUUUUGUAUUUUAAUUUAAUAAUACCUACAUGUUUCAUUCAAAAUUAUUCUGAAUUACCUAUAUUAACUCUACAAUCAAUGUAAUUGUAGUUUAAUUUUAGUCUUUGCUAAGAUGAUGAUUAAGCCUAUUUUUCUUGUAGAUAACAUACCUACUUCUUUUUGUUCGACAGGACUGUUCACCUAUCGCGUCUUUACCAUUAACGGGAAUGCGGUUAUAGAGUUGAUUGUAAAGAUCAAAAGUGUCUUGUUGAUCUCCUAUAAUUAUUUUAGCAAAGACUGGCACGUCUCGGCUAUAAUCGCUGCCUUAUGCCAUCGGGCCGAUGUAUACCUCCUUAGUGCCUAAAUGUUAUCUAAAAUAGAACAAAACUAGUAAACUGAGACGCGCACUGGCAACAUAAUAUUUAUAUUGUUUGAAAAUGUUGGAUUUAUUGUAAUUUGGCUGAAAAUAUAACUGGUAGGUAAUUAUUCAUUCUUACUAAUCAGAAAUCGAUCUAUUCUGUAAAUGAAAAUAUACACCAAAAAGGAAAGAAAAAUAGGUGACAUUUUAACUUAAAAUUACCGGACCUAGACAGACAACUGAUAAAAACAAUGGAAGUCCUGGUAUGCAUUGCCCACAAAUAAAUUAUAUGUAAGAACACUUUCCUUUUUAACGGUAAUAAAUAAAUAUAAUUUUACCUUGCAACGUGACAGUUAAAUAUAAUAUUCUACUUGGUAAUGAACGAUUGAAAAUGUUAGAGUUUGCGAUUUAUCUGUGUUCCCAGAAAAUUUAUUCACAGUAAUUGUACAAAGUUAGAAUUAUGAAAGUUACACAUUUUUGGAGCUUGAAGUCCAUAUCACGACGUAUAAUAUUACCAAAGUCGAAUUUAACCGGAAUAAUUAUCCUCUAAUGUGGAAUACGAAAGCCUUGCCAUUUUGUCGUAGCAAUCCGUAGUGAAUAUUCAGCUGCCUCCGCUUCGCCGUCCAGUCCUAACGGUACACUUGAUAGAAACGCUAUUUUGAUAUGAGUACCUAUUGAUCAGUGACUAAAUAUUUGGUACAAAUGAGAGUGAAGUGAGUAGGUACCUACUUAGAGUCGAUUGUGUAUUUGCAAAUAUUGUCUACAAGAAUUCAUGCCUACACAUUCUCACACAAAUUGAUCUCCUGUAGCGCAUGGCUUAUAAUUGUAUAUUUUAUUUAACAUGUAUUUUCUAUGGAAUUAUUGAUAUACCUACUUUUUAUUUACUUGUUAUAAUUAUCAUAAAAUUUGUGAAAGAUUCUAGGCAGAGUCCAUAAAUUUGUACAUAAAACUUACGGUAACGUUUAAAAAAAGCGAUAACGUUUAUAGUGGAUUUAAAGUUACCAUUUUUAGAACAUGUCUGUGUUUAUGUCAGUCUAAUGCCAGUUUUAAUUAACACCAUUAAAAAUCUGAUUAAACUGAGAGACUAAAACUAGUUACAUUCGAUUCGAUUUUUAAUAUCGGUCGGUGAGUUCUGGACAUAGGACCAACAGACGCAUCUAAACGGAAUUAUCUAUUUAUCCACGUGCCAUCAUAUCUUGAUUAUGAAACGAAUUAUAAAUAAUUUUGUUUGUUUAAUUGUUGAAAUUGAUAUAACAAUUUAAUAGUUCAAGCUAUAAAUAAUUAUACGGUUGCAACUGCAACUGCCAAAUAGGAUCUACAUAAUCAAAAUCUGGCAAUUCUAAUUUCAAAUGAGAACUACCGGAACUCUAUUUCUUAAUCAAACCACUGGUAAUGCGUAUGAAAAUGUUUAAGAGAUUAGUAACAAAAUUACUGUAUUUAUGUAAGUAUUUAAAAUCUAAGUAUAAUAUAUACAUAGUGGGUAUCUACUUAGGUACCCAGAGAAGUAUAAUAUUUGGACAUUAAUUUUGUAUCUACGUGUCAUAAUGAACAGAGGAAUUCAGAUCAUUAUUCAUUUUUAAAUGCAUCCACUAAGCUUGGAUACAGACGUUUCAGCCUAAUUUUAUUAUACUGCAUUUUCUAUUUUAGAUUGUAUGUAAUUGUGAACUAUUUUUUAAUAUAUUUAAGUAACUACUUGUUAAAUGUACGUACCUAUACAUAUUAUUUGUUCUAAACUAGAUAAAUGUUAAUUGCCAUUGUUUCAUUGACAGUUAUGUUAUACUUUUUGUCAAUUAUGAAUCUGAAAGCCGGGGCCAAACUAAUGGAGCUGAUUAGGAAAUUCGAUAGUUUAACCAUUGCAAAAUUUGCAACACAAGUGCCCUAAUGGGGAGUUUUUGCAAUGCGUCAGCUUGUAUUUGAAGUAGGUACUAAGUAUUAAGUGAAAAAUUAACCUUCUACGUUGGAAGUUUAAAUUUUUCAAUUAAAUUUAGUAUAAGUGUAUUACGAAAGAUCACAUUUUGUAAUAUUAUUAAACAAUGUAGGUAAUUGUGAAAAGCUUACCUAUUUAGAAAAAAAUGACUCUAGGUAACAAGAUGGAGGCAAAAAAGUGUAUUAAAUUGUAAGUACUUAUACUAGAUAUUGUAGACGUA